AUGUUGCCUUUUACUCAACGUAUGUUACCACAACAAACUCCGCAACAACAAUAUAAUACUAUUGGAAUACAAGGAAAUGCAAAAAUCUCUUGGGCUGUUACCCCAGAAGAAAAAGCUCAAUAUAAAGAAAUAUUUAAACAAUGGGAUUCUACAGGUUUAGGUUAUUUAACUGGUGAUAAAGCAAGAGAAAUUUUUUUACAAUCUGGUUUACCUCAAACUGAUUUAAUGCAGAUAUGGCAUUUAUCUGAUCCAAAUAAUAAUGGAAAAUUAAAUCAAGAUGAAUUUGCUGUUGCAAUGCAUUUGAUUUAUAGAAAACUUAAUGGUUAUGAAAUUCCUACCACACUUACUGCUGAACUUAUACCACCUUCGACGAGAGAUUUGACAGAAAGUGUGGACAUGCUCAAAAAUUAUCUUGCGUCUGAUAUUCAUAAUCAACAAUUAGGCACUGGUGGUGGUUCCAACAAUUAUUAUUUGAAAUCAAGAAGCUUUACUAAUUUACCAGUAACUAGUCAUAACGAUGCAACAAAUUAUAAACAUAAAGAUGAUGAUAUUGGUUACGUCUCUUCGUCAAGAUAUAAAAUUCCCUCAACAUCACUGUCGUCACGUAAUAACGAUUCUGAAUUUUCCUCUUCAUAUUCAUCUUACUCCUCAUCAUCAUCAUUACCAUCAUAUUCUUCUACUUUCAAACGACCAUCAUCUAUUGGUGAAGAUAGGUUAUCAUCAUCAUCAUCAUCAUCAAAAAGAAUAGCAGAUUUAAAAAAACAAAUUCAAGAUAAAGAAAAUAUAUUAGAUGCUUUAAAAUUUUCAGAAAGUUCAAAUUACAACUCAAAUUCUUUUAAUUCUUUAGCAUUCAACAACAACAAUGAUGAUGAAAUUAAUGAAUUGAAAAUAAAAAUUAAGGAUAUUCAAAAACAAAUUGAUUCUGCGCAAAAAAAUAACAAUGAAAAAAAAUCAAUAAAAUCUUUAUUGGAUCAACACAAUGAUUUAGAAAUUGAACUUCUUAAUAUGUUGUCCACUGUUAUACCAGAUCUUAUUUCUGAUACUCAUGAAAUUUAUACAAAAAUAGCAGAAUUAAAAAUAGAAUUUUUUAAAUUACGUGGGAGUAGUAACGGUGAACUUGACAUUAAAGCAAAAGCUCAAGCGAUGAUACAAGCUCGUCUAGCUGGUAAACCAUAUUCUUUUACUAGUAGCUUCACUGGAGGCAAUGGUGGAAGUGGCGUUAUAGACCCUGGAAGAUUGGAAGAAGAAACGAAUCGAAUAAAAGCAGAAAAGGCUUCUCGUGAUCAAACUAUUAAUGAUAUUGAGAAAACAAUAUCUAAAUUACAAGAUUCUAUUAUCAAAAUUUCACAGGAAAAACAAGAGAUUGAAAACAAAUGUAAACCAAUAAUUAAUAAAUCAUCAUUUAGUCAACCUAACAGUGACAGCAACAUCCUUACAAGUCGAUAUACUUCUUAUAACGCAUCAUCACAUAAACCUAUAAGAAUUGUCCCAGUUACUGCAGAAUCUAUAUAG